AUGGCAUUUGGCGCUGCCCACCUCCAGCUCUGGCUGGGGGCCUUGGUUGCCCUCGGUGCUAUUUACACAUCAUGCCUCAUCUUCUACCGCCUCUUCCUCCACCCCCUCGCCAAAUAUCCCGGCCCCUUCCUCGCCAAGCUGACCGACGGCUACAUGGCCUACCACGCCUUCAAAGGUGACCGGCACCUCGAGUUCUGGCGUAUGCACGAGAAAUACGGCAAAUUCGUCCGCUUCGGGCCCAACUCGCUCUCCGUCAACUCCAACACCGCCCUCAAGGACAUCUACGGCUUCAAGGCCAACGUCCGCAAAGCCGAGUUCUACGACGCCUUCGUCCACCCGGCCCCCAACACCCACAACGCGCGCGACCGUGACCUACACGCCCGCAAGCGGCGCGUCCUGGCGCACGCCUUUUCCGAUUCCGCCAUCAAGGAAGUCGAGCGCUACAUCCUGUCCAACAUCCGCACCUUUUGCGACGCCAUCGGCGACCUUGGCCGCCCCAGCUUCGCUCCGCUAGCCGAUAAGAAGGGAUGGUCUUCCCCGAAAAACAUGUCCGACUGGUGUAGCUGGCUAGCCAUGGACAUUUUGGGGGACCUCUGCUUCGGCAAAGCCUUCCACAUGCUCGAGCGCCCCGACAACCGCUACGCCGUCGACCUCGUCUCCGUCGCCGCCCACCGCCACCUCAUCUGCGGCACCAUGCCCAUGCUCGACAAGCUCUCGCUCGACCGUAUCUUUCUGCGCAAAAUUGCUUCUGGUAGAGCACAGUACAUGGCCUACAGUCGCCAACAGCUUGCCGAACGCACGGCGCUAGGCGACGAGACCGACCGCCGCGAUUUCUUCUACUACCUCCUUAAAGCCCGCGACCCGGAAACAGGCCAGGGAUUUACGACCCCUGAGCUCUGGGGCGAGUCAAACUUGCUAAUUAUCGCCGGGUCCGACACCACUUCCACCGCAAUGGCCGCGACACUAUUCUACUUGGUCCGCAACCCUACUGCUCUCGCCCGCGUCACCGCCGAAAUUCGCUCCCGCUUCGCUUCAGUUGAAGACAUCCACCAGGGUCCUAGCCUCCAGUCAUGCACUUACCUCCGCGCUUGCAUCGACGAAGCAAUGCGUUUGUCACCCUCAGUCGGCGGUCUCCUGCCUCGUGAAGUCCUGCCAGGCGGGAUAACCAUUGAUGGCGAACACGUUCCCCAAGGCACCAUCAUUGGCGUUCCUCACUAUACUCUCCACCACAACGCUGCUUACUACCCUGAUCCCUGGUCCUACACCCCUGAGCGCUGGCUGUCUACCCAAUCUCCAUCUGAAAAGGCUUCCGGCGCUGCCAUGCAGACGGAGGAACAGAUCCAACUUGCUCAAUCAGCCUUCUGCCCCUUCUCCAUCGGGCCGCGCGGUUGUAUUGGUAAGGGACUGGCCUAUAUCGAGAUGAGCAUCACGUUGGCGAGGGUGUUGUUUUUGUAUGACUUGCGCAGGGCGGUGGGAGUGGAUGAUCCGGCGGAGGGAGGGAAGAAAGGGUCGGAGUAUGGAAGGCAUCGCGUGGGGGAGAUGCAGCUGGUGGAUACGUUUACGAGUACCAAGGAUGGGGUUAUGGUUGAGUUUAGGCCAAGAGAGGAUUUGGCUGCUUGA